AUGUUCCGUUGGCUUUAAUGAAUGAAAAAACGUGUCGCUCAGCCAUUGAGCAGCCGUAGUUCAGGUUGGAAACGCUGGCAAUUGACAAAGCUAGCUUAUUUUUUAAAUGCACAGCUAUGUAACAUUGGCAUUGCCUAAUGUUAGCCAAGCUAGGUCCCCGGGACCUCCAGGGGUCAUUCAGCAGGGUCACAGAGCCGACAAAGAAAUGAAAAAACAUCCGCAGUAAAGGCUUGUCCUUGAUACAUAGCAAUAAUGCUCACCUCCAAAAACAUAUUAUUAAAAUAGCUUAUUAAUACUUAUGUUAUUACUAUUAAUACUAAAGUUCAAUUCAUGCACUGCUGGAGUCUGUACUGAAAACACUGUGCAGAGACUGUCAGGUGUGAUGAUUCCCUGACUCAGCAGAUCAAUGGAGCAAGGGCAGGACAGAGAGAGAUGAGGUGACUGGAUGUGUAGGCUACUAAGUGUGACUUUGCCUCCAGCAGGUGUACCAUUCCCACAAGAUUAAAAAAAGAACACAAGAUGCUGCUGCUUUGACUGGAGUCAGUGUGACACUGAAUAAUCAGACGUUAAAUAUAUCAAUGUGUUAUUUUCACAGCAGGACUCUGAUGUCUUUGCCACAAAUCCUCACACGAUAGACACACGCUGGGUCUCAUGUGUUUCAUUUAAAAACUGCAUGACCUUACGAUAUGAUAGGCUGCACCUAAUCAUAUGGAUUUGUAACAUACAGAUGUCACUUGAGAUAGAAACACAUUUACUAUUAAUACCAACUUGCAUUUGUGUAUCUGUAUCUGUUUUCUGUGUACGUGUGUUAGUGAUCUACUGUAUUGGGUUUUACCUUUGGAACGAGGAGACGCAGUGGGCGGGCCUCACUCUCGGCCUUUUCCUACCGGGAACAGCUGUUCAGCUGCUCAGUAUGAAAUGGUACUAUGACGACGGGUAUGACAGGCGGUGUUACCUCUCCGUCAUACACAUACUGCACUUGGGCAUCUUCAAACGAUUAUGGGACUGCAUGAGGUCUGUGCUGCGCAUGCAGGGUUCAGUAGCCGAGCUCGGAGCUGCUGUCAUGCAGCAGGCAGAUGUUGCUGCUCUUUGGUUGCUGGAGGCCCUCAUCCUCACGCUGCCUCAGAGCCUGCUGCAGGCAUACGUUGUGGUGUCCACCGAUGUGGGCAUCAUGUCCCCAGUGGCCUAUUGCUGUGGUCUGUGUGUGCUGUCUAUUUCCUGGGCCCUGGUGCUGUACAGCAGAGCCUGCUGUCUGAUACGACCGGGCCACCUGGCCAUGCCUCCAGCGGCCCUGCUGUGCCAGUUGGUGUGGAGGGCGGGCAUGCUGGGUGCAAGGGUGACUUGCCUCAUGUUCUUCGCCAGGGUCUUUAACUGGUGGGUCUGUGGAGUCGCAGGUUUCCACUGGCUCACGGCCUCCUUCUGGCUGGUAUCACAGCAACCCGACAUCUGCACCGGCCCAUGGUGUUGGCGUGCCUUUAAUGGCGUUAUGGGGCUGGUCCACAUCUUCCUCUUCCUCAACGUCAAAGAUGGGCCCUCGCGCUUUCGCAUGGCCAGUUUUUAUGCAUUCAUGCUGGUGGAGAACACCACUCUGCUGCUGGCCGCCUCCGACUUCCUCAGCGAAGCAUCUUGGGACAGCGUGAUCCUUCCCGCCACUGUGCUGUGCAGCUUUCUCCUCGGCGCUACCUCUCUUGUCCUAUACUACAGGUUCCUCCACCCCAAGUCAACAGAGAUCUCCCAGGGUACGAACCGCAACCACAUGGGCAGCAGGUGUAUAGAACGAGGGGAGUCCUCUUUCUCUCUCAGGGACAAAAGCCUGCCGGCUGCCUCCAUUCAAAACCACGGCAGCUUCUCCCUCUCAGGUGUGGCUGGUUCUCUGCUGGAGCACCCGGGAACCUGUGGGGGCCGGGCCAACAGCUCCUGUCCCUGCUACCACCACCACUGGCUCCUAAUCCGGCUGGCUCUGAAAACAGGAGACCUGGGGAAGAUCAAUAGAGCGUAUGGGGCCGGCGGAGCGGCAGCCAUACUGGAUAUGGAGGAGUACAUCCAAGAGUUUAAGAGCAACGAGGGCAUGACUAUCACAGCAGGAGGCAGCUGCGAGGGGGUCUCCACUUCUGACUCUCAGGGGAAAGGCCUGGCACCUCUCUCCGACUGCAAAGACGAGUUCCAGAGCGUGAGCGAGCCCACAUCGACCGAAAACCCCGAAGAAGAGGACGACAGUCUGGAGAUGGAGAGCCCGAUGGAGUCGCCCACAUCGGAUUUCAAACGGAGCUCACCAGAGGGCAAGUCAGUGUUUGGAGACAGCCCAGAGCCGUACUUCUGUCCUACAGAGUCAAGUUCAACCUUGUAUUUCAGCGCUGAUCCUCAGUCCCCCAGCAGUGCCAGUAACCCCCGUUUGGACCGGGACAUAGGGGGUCUGGAACGAGGGGUGCGCCUCAACUCAAUCCCCAGCGAUCCGGCCCUUCACAGAGACAUUCGCGGGCUCAUGGGCCGGGUGGGGCCACACUGCACUUCCACUCCUAAGUUGGACUCCGGAGUGCUGAACUCCCCGUCUACAGUCCCUCACCUCACGGGUCCCAGGAGGCAGCUUAUAAUGUCACGGAGAGACGAGGACGAUAACUUCUAGGUUUCUAAAGACAGAAUCAGGGAAAGAGUACACCAGCUUUUUUUUGGACGGCUGCUUUUUCAUCUGCUGGCAGAAAGUUCACCUCUCUGUGUCAAUAUAUUUAGUGCACUGUGGGGCACAGUGCUUUGGUUUAAUGCUAAACUGGCCUUUAUUCUUCUCAAAUCAUGAACUAUUUUUUAAAAGCAUUGCCUUUCCCGAUCGCCGGACACCCAGAGUUGAAAGCUUCAGCAAUGCUUUCAUCAGACAUCACGAAGGUAAUUAAAGGAGCUGAUUGGUCAAACAGGUGGUAUGCGGAGCUCAGUCACGCCUUCUACCUGACUCAGCGUUUUCUAUUCUUUUGGUAGCAAUUAACUUAAGCCUCAAGAAUUAUACGGUGCAACGAAGUGAACACUGUUUCUGACAGCUUGUAACCAUGUACUGAGGAAGUAGCCAUGAGUUGUAUCAAUAAAACGUCAUUAGAAGCGUGCAGCUGUUUUAAGGUCUUAUAUUACAUACCGAAACUGCUGUUACUCAUGUUAAUAAUUGCCAGCAGUUAUGCGAAUAGAGAAACUAUUGACCUCUGAAUCGUCACCAUCUCAGCGUAAAGCCGGAGCUUCGUCGGCUUCUUAAAAGCACAAUUAUCUUCUGUACCAUUAUGUCCAUUGCUGUGAUUUAUUGUUAUCGCCAUGUAAAGAAACAAAUCCCCGGUCCCCUCAGAGAAUAAGAAACUGUAUUUUUCGUAUAAUCAAUCAUGUCAACUGGCAUUGCUUUGAGCAGGGCUAGUGUGUCAACCUGGUGAAAACUGUGUUUGAUGUUUUAUCUUUAUUUACAUGUUGACCAUGUAAUCGCUAAAAUGUCUUUUGAAUUUACAUUAUGUCGGGGAAAAAAACAUCUCAGGCACUGACUUCAAAAGCUUUCAAAUGUGUAAUGUGUAACAACAUGAAAAUAUGCUAAUGAGGUACUUGUAGUGACUUUUUGUAUGUGCUCUUGAUGCUAUUUCUAGGGCACACGUGUAUGUUUUGUUCAUCACUGCUCUGUCAAAGGGAUGAAAUCUACAAACAAAGCAGUGAGAUGAUGCUGGCUUUUCUCUUGCAGGUGACUUUCUUUAUGAAAUUUUGAAAUGUGAAGUGAAAGGCCACUGGUGGCUUUAAAUAAGCAAUAAAUAACCAUCAUAUUGGGGUGACUGGA